UCGCCUCACUCGCAGCUGCCGGGCGCGCGGACCUCUGACCCUGGACUCUCGCCGCCGCAGGCAGCAGCCCUCGGGGGUUGUCGCCCGGGCCGCCCAUGGUUCUCCGGCCCCGAGGGGCCCUGCCAGCCGUGGUGCGGGGAACGGGCAGCAUGAGUCGGGGGGCCCGGCGGGCCGGCGCGGGGCAGGGGGUGGCCGCGGUGCGGCUGCUGGUCACCCUGAGCCUCCUCCUGGGCGUCGUCGAGGCCCAGGUCAUUGGAGUCCUGGAUGAUUGCUUGUGUGAUACUGAUAGCAUUGAUAACUUUAACACCUACAAAAUCUUCCCCAAAAUUAAAAAAUUGCAAGAGCGAGACUACUUUCGUUAUUACAAGGUUAAUCUGAAGCGACCAUGUCCUUUCUGGGCAGAAGAUGGCCAUUGUUCAAUAAAAGACUGUCACGUGGAGCCUUGUCCAGAGAGUAAAAUUCCAGUCGGAAUUAAAGCUGGGAGUUCAAAUAAGUACUUGAAAGUGGCAAACAAUACCAAAGAAUUUGAAGAUUGUGAACAAGCUAAUAAACUGGGAGCAAUUAACAGCACACUAAGUAAUCAAAGCAAAGAGGCUUUCAUUGACUGGGCAAGAUAUGAUGACUCACAGGAUCACUUCUGUGAACUUGAUGAUGAGAGGUCUCCAGCUGCCCAGUAUGUAGACCUGUUGCUGAACCCAGAGCGUUAUACUGGCUACAAAGGGCCAUCUGCAUGGAGAGUGUGGAACAGCAUCUAUGAAGAAAACUGUUUCAAGCCUCGCUCUGUUUAUCGUCCUUUAAAUCCUCUGGCACCGAGCCGAGGAGAAGAUGAUGGAGAAUCAUUCUACACAUGGCUAGAAGGUUUAUGUCUGGAGAAAAGAGUCUUCUAUAAGCUUAUAUCGGGACUUCAUGCUAGUAUCAAUUUACAUCUAUGUGCAAAUUAUCUUUUGGAAGAAACCUGGGGUAAACCUAGCUGGGGACCUAAUAUAAAAGAAUUUAAACGCCGCUUUGACCCUGUGGAAACCAAGGGAGAAGGUCCAAGGAGGUUAAAGAAUCUGUACUUCUUAUACUUAAUUGAGCUGCGAGCUUUAUCAAAGGUGGCCCCAUAUUUUGAGCGCUCAAUUGUCGAUCUUUACACUGGAAAUGGGGAAGAUGAUGCCGACACAAAAACUCUCCUGCUGAACAUCUUCCAAGACACAAAGUCCUUUCCCAUGCACUUUGAUGAGAAAUCCAUGUUUGCAGGCGACAAAAAGGGGGCCAAAUCGUUAAAGGAGGAAUUCCGGUUACAUUUCAAGAAUAUCUCUCGUAUAAUGGACUGUGUUGGAUGUGACAAAUGCAGGUUGUGGGGGAAAUUACAGACUCAGGGUUUAGGAACUGCUCUGAAGAUACUGUUCUCUGAAAAAGAAAUCCAGAAGCUUCCAGAGAACAGCCCAUCAAAAGGCUUCCAGCUCACUCGACAAGAAAUAGUUGCCCUUUUAAAUGCUUUCGGGAGGCUUUCUACAAGUAUAAGAGAAUUACAGAAUUUUAAAGUCUUAUUACAACACAGUAGGUAAUAAAGGCUUUUAUAUGUCUAAUUAGAGACAUAAAGUGACUGUGUGAGGACUUUUACUCUUGGACAUUCAACAAAAGGAGACUGAUCUUCAAAGACUUCAAGAAUUCUGAACUCUUAAAGAGAAAAUUAAAAUGUUCACUUGAAUAUUUAUGAUUCGUAAUAGACUGUCAAUUAGAGGUAUUUAUAAAUGAAGUAUAUACUUUUAAAACA